CUGAAGUCCAAAGUCCUUUAAAGGCACAGUUUGGGGACUACUGCAAGGCGGGAACUGAAGAGCCCCGGAACAAAUGGCGGCGGGCUUUGUAUGGCUGUCGGCAGGAAUUACAAGACGGAUCGCGGUCAACAAUAACUACUACUACAGAGGCUUCUAGGCCGCAGCUGGAGGAAGAGGAAAAUGGAGCCCUUAAGAGUGUUGGAGCUUUACAGCGGGAUCGGAGGGAUGCACUACGCCCUGCAAGUGGUAUACCUGCAGAAAUUGUUGCAGCUGUAGAUGUGAACACAGUGGCCAAUGAAGUUUACAAACACAAUUUCCACACCACACCAAUGUGGUCAAAGACUAUUGAGGGAAUAUCUCUGAAGGAGUUCAACAAGUUAUCUUUUGAUAUGAUUUUGAUGAGUCCUCCUUGUCAGCCAUUUACAAGAAUUGGCCGACAGGGGGAUGUUUCUGACCCUAGGACCCAGAGUUUUCUCUACAUUCUUGAUAUUCUUCCAAGGCUUGCAAAGCUACCAAAAUAUUUACUUUUAGAAAAUGUCAAAGGCUUUGAAACGUCAUCAGCCAGAGAUGAACUCAUACAAACACUAGAAAAGUGUGGAUUUACAUAUCAAGAAUUUCUGUUGUCUCCAACUUGUCUUACCAUCCCAAAUUCAAGAUUGAGGUACUUCCUGAUGGCACGACUCCAGAUUGAACCUUUUCCCUUCCAUGUACCUGGCAAGAUACUAACAGAUUUCCCAAACCAGGAUCAGAUGGAUUCAGAGAUGCCCAGACAUAGUGCAGGCUUGAUGGAAGAUAGUUUUACCAGAGAACCAGAUGCUGGUUCUGACAGUAAUGGUGGACACUUGCAAAAGAGGGACUUCCUUUUUAAGCUUGAAACAGAGCAGGAACUGGAAAGGAAGCAGCAACAGGACAAUGAUCUCUCUUUGCAAAUGCUAAGAAAUUUCCUUCAAGAGGAUGGAGAAGGACUGAGUAAUUACCUCUUACCAGCAAAGUACUUGCUACGUUAUGCUCUCCUUCUAGACAUUGUUACACCUUCUUGCAGGAGAUCUACAUGCUUCACAAAAGGGUAUGGGCACUAUAUAGAAGGAACUGGCUCAGUGCUGCAGACAGCGGAAGAUAUCCAGCUUGAAUCUGUAUUUAAAUCCUUUGAGAGUUUAUCUGAAGAGGAGAAGAUUAUGAAGCUGUCACUACUUAAGUUGCGGUACUUUACCCCAAGAGAAAUAGCAAAUCUACAUGGAUUUCCUCUGGAAUUUGGUUUUCCUGACAAAGUAACCACAAAACAGCAAUAUCGUCUGCUUGGAAACAGUCUCAACAUACAUGUAGUGGCUAAAUUAAUCUCAUUAUUGGUUGCUUAAUAUGGGAAUACAACCUGAUCUGAUGAGCUAUAUUGUAUGCAACAUACAUGAGAAUACAGACUUCAUCUCUGCAAAUGGAAUAAAAAUGUUCGAUGCGAUGCAUCUAUGUGGCUUCUAACAUGCUAGCUUCCAUUGCAGGUGUCUGUCAGAACAAAAAGCCCUAAAUCCAAAUGCAUAAUUUGUUGAAGUAUAAAUUAACCCUUAUAUAAAUCCUAUGGGUUUGGUAGUUCUACUUUAUUGGGGGCCCACAGUUGGAAUUGGGCUUGGAUGUUUAGCAACUUAAGCAGUGGCCAUACAAUUUAUGAAAAUGGCAACUGUUAAUGGGAAUAGAAGUCAAGUGUUACAGUAUGUUGUAGUUUGUGAGCACUAAAGUCAAGUUUGUCAGAAAAAUAAAUAAAUUAAAAUUUUACAUUCUGUUAAGAAUCUAUUUAAAUUGGAACGUUCAUCUUCAGUACUUUAAACUUUAAAGUGAAUUAAUGAUUUUAUUAAAUAAAUAAUUUUACAAGAAUGAU